ACUGCGCUGUGUGUCGGUGAGUACCUGACUGCAACCAUGUUUACAUCUUGGAAAGACUGUCCUACUUUUGGCUUGCUUCUUUUUGUGAUGCUCACAUCACAGUCACAAGGUCAAUUUGUGCCAGAUAGUAGGUGUUUAGAAACAUGUCGUCUCUUUCAGAAUGAGCCAUUUAACAAUUACUGUCCGAAAGAAGGUUCAUGUGAUUGGCAAUGUGCAGCACAACGAAUGAACUGUCAUGGGCAGGAGCAGUACCACUGUGCACGGGAAUAUGGACAACAACAAUUUUUCAAUGUAUGUGCCAUCCCACAACAGUGCGGAAAAGGUCAAGAACCAGCUAUAUCUUUUACUAAAAAUACUAAAAAUGUCACCUGCAUCCCAUGUGUCGAUAAAAGAUUCUACAACGACAUUGACAACCGCAUGUCUUCAACAUUCCCACAGUGUCUCUAUAAGAAAUACAACCACUGCACAAAAGAAAACCACAAGAUUGACUGUGGACCUGAGCGUAAAAAGCAAGCGUGGGAUGUUCAGACAGAGGGGGAUGGGUUCUGUCGAUGUGAUGCAAGGGACGGAUACGAGCCGAAAUUCAAAGAUGUCCUCGUUACUGAAGGAGAAUAUUGCUUUGACAGGAAGGUUGAAUGUGUUAAAAAAGAUUGUGUACCUGGCAUGGAGCUUUCACUCAAUUAUCAAUGCAUUCCAAAAUGUGCUGAAGGACUUGUUCGAACCCAGUUGUCUGACAUUUGUUCUUAUCCAGAAAUUUCAAGUUCAACAUUAACACAAGGUAGUGUUCUUCCAACUUCUACAAACAGAACAGAAUCUGUGACUACGUCGCUGAUCCCUCCAAACAGAACUGCUGGCACAUCUCCACAUGGAGUAGAUAAAUAUGUUGUUGCAGUAUCUGUCACCGUUUCUUUAGUUUCUUUAGUUGGCAUAAUUUUAAUAAUAGGCUAUGUUGUUUACAGAAAGAGGAGAAACUUUCUUCAUGAGAAAAUUGUGGACCAAAGUGUAGGAAGUCCACUGCUGAAAACAUCUGAGCCUCAAAGUUCCAGACCUAAUAUCACUAAUAUUAACAUCACUGGUGAUUAUUUCAAUGUAGACAAUCAAGAAGGAACAAUUAAUAUUAAAAAAUCUAGUGAUGAUAAGAAGAUUGAACUUGCUGAGGAAACAGGUAGUGGCAGUGAUGAGAACAUUGAACUUGCAGACUUCAGCUGUACUAAUGUAUCGCCCCCCACACAAUUCCUCCCGACAGAUCAUGGUUCUUCCACAGACUCUUUGCAAAGUUGCACUGAUGUGGCUGGAAUGAUACCUUCACCAGUUAUUUUAUCUAAAGAAGGACUGAACCUCAAACCUGGUGUGCAGCCCAGCGACGCAGAGAAUACUCCUGAAAUCAUUCUACCCAAUAAUCAUGAAGGUAUCAAACCUUUUUAUGAAACUGCAAGACCAGAAACUGUUGUCGAUUAUGGCUUUAUUGAUGAACUGAAUAUUGACGGAGGAUCAUUAUCAGAAGAAGAAAUGGAAGAGCUUGCAAAAGACCUUCUUAACACAUUAAACGAAUAUUUACAAAUAUUCAAAUUUUUAAAUGAAAAUAACGUAGCUACAAUUAUAUCCAAUCUGAAGAAAAUAGCAGCAAAAAAGAAAGUGAAUUUAGAUAAAAUGUUAAACUUUCUUGCGUAUACGGAAAAGCCAUCUACAAGAAUCAAAGAAGUCUUCAAAUGCAAAAAAUGUGGAAUGGAGUUCAAUCGUGGCAAAUCGUCUGGGAUCAACAACUGCUGCAUGUAUCAGAGCAUCAGCCAUCUGCUGUGUGGUGAUGAACGGCUGCAGAACCGUCUACGUUUGUGUAGCACCCUGCAUGCUGUACGGCGAUAUAAGGAUUAUGUAAAACAGAUGGAGGCUUUUACUGAAAGAGAGAGCUCCCCACGAAAGCGUGUUCAUCAAAUUCUUGGUGCAGCUGAUAUACCGGUAGAAACACAUGGGGAUAAGGACUGGAAAGGUUGCCUAAGAGAAGGCAUCAUGCAAAUAGUUGUCCAAACAAGUGAAUCAACUCGAGAUAGUUGUGAGAUACAUAUCAUGUUCCUGAGUCACGCCCUGAGGUGCAAGAUUAUCCAGCACUUUGAAGACUGUAGCCAUCAUGAAGAUACGGAAGAUUGCCCGGUGCUGGAGGAAGAUACAGAAAAUACCUCGGACAUUCCUGAUCUCCAUAUCUUGUGGAACAAGGGGUGUAAUCAUCUGACACCACUGUUUAAGAUUUGAAUAUAUGUAUUGUGAUGUUUAUUUGUCAAUUGUUGCUUUAAUGCUCCCACAAUAUGGGGGUAUUAGAAUUAUAUUCGUUUAUUAUUUCCCCCUUUGAAGAAGAGGUGGUAUAUUGUUAUGUUGGAUGUCAGUCGGUCUGUUUGUCAGUCGGUAGACCAUUUGUUUCUGAUCAAUAACUCAUAAACGAAUUUACCGUUUGGCUUGAUACUGAACAUGUGAAUUGGCCUUGGGCAGUAAAAGACUCCUAGUGAAAUUGGGGUCACUGGGUCAAAGGUCACUGUCACAAUAAGUUUGAAAAUCGUUUCUGAUCAAUAACUCAUCAACAAAUCAACCGAUUGUUGGGGUCACUAGUUCAAAGCCCUGUUUUGGGGGCAUAUGUCUCUGAAGACAGAUCUCUUGUUUAACUUGUAAAUACAUUUGUUUGUCCUAUGUGUUUAUUGUUCUGUCCAAUCUUGUCUGGUGAGAAACUUCAUCAUGUAUUAUGAUUUAAGAAAAUAAUGUGCAAGUUAUUACCAUUCGAAAUGGUGUUUAUUAAGUGUAAACAAGUUUUUUUACACAUCUAGCUUUUUGUCUGUCCUAAAGCUGAGUUUUUAAAGCUCAAUCCAUAAACCAUCUGUUCUGUUAAGUUUAAUGUUAUUGCUCAUGUUCAUAUUUCAGUCAGUAGGUUGUUGAAUUAUCUGUUGUUUUAUAAUUUUAUUGUAGUAAGUUCUUAGUUAAUUGUUAGAUAUCUGUGAUCAUUGUCAUAAUCAGUAUUUCUACUAAUCAUGGGAACUAUUUUAUAAAUAAUGUAUUUUUAAUCUGAUCUGCUGUUAUAAUAAAUUUUAUGUAAAAAAAAAGAUUAAUAUAUUUUUAUGAUCCCCAUAUAUAUAUAUGGGGAGCAUAUAAUUCCCAGUUCGGGUUUCCUUACUUCCGGCACACUUUUGUUACAGUUUCUCACAGCGCCUUCAAUAUUUUACCGAUCUCUUACAUAUUUGGCAUGUAGGUACCUUGCAUGGACCUCUACCUUUUGAUGGUGUUUGAGGUCACUAGGGUCAAGGUCACGGAGGCUAAUCAUAGAUUUUUCCAUCACAAUUUUGUUACAGUUUCUCGUAGCACCUUCAAUAUUUUUCCAAUCUCUUACAUAUUUGGCAUGUAGGUACCUUUCAUGGACCUCUGCCUUUUGAUGAGGUUUUAGCGCCUCUAAAUUUUACCGUUCUCUUACAUAUUUGGCAUGUAGGUACCUGGCAUGGACCUCUACGUUUUUAUGAUGUUUGAGGUCAAUGGGGUCAAGAUUACUGAGGCUAAAAAUAGAUUUUUCCAUCACAAUUUUGUUACAGUUUCUCAUAGUGCCUUCAAUAUUUUACUGAUCUCUAACAUAUUUGGCAUGUAGGUACCUUGCAUGAACCUCUACCUUUUGAUAAGGUUUGAGGUCACUGGUUACAGUUUCUCUUAGCGCCUUCAAUAUUUGAUCUAUUUCUUAUAUAUUUGAGAUGUAGGUACCUUGCAUGGACUUCUACCUUUUUGAUAUGGUUUUAUGUCACUGGGGUCAAGGUCACUGAGGCUAAUAAUAGAUUUUCUUAAGGUCACACUUUUUUCCACACAAUUAAAACAUAUAUCGGGUAGCAUCCAUCAGUUUUACCGAUAUCCUUGUUCUAUGAAGUUGACACCUUUUUUUCACAGAAUGUCUUACACUGUUCAUCAAGAAGUGACAACCCUAAUGACUAAAGACUCCUACUGAAAAUUCAGAUUCUAAUCAAAUAGCAACCACCUUAAAUUUUUAAAAUUGUAAAAAGUUACUAACAUGAUACAAUUGAAUUAUUUGGAGUGCUUCUGUUGUUACAGUUGUAUGUUGUGACACAUAGUUGAUUGCUAAGAUAUGAAGUGCUUGACAUCAUUUACAUCAUAUUAUUGUAUAUCAAAUAUACAAAUAAGUAUAAAUUUUGUAUAAUAUUUUAUUUGUUAUAACUGCUGUUUGUGAAUGUUGGGAUAUCGUGAUAUCUUUUGUACAUUUUGUAAUGUGUUCUUUUUAUCAUUCAAAUUCUUACAUUAUAUUGUAUAAUCCUCUUUUGUGCAUUCAAUGUAUUCAUCAUAGUAAUAGAUAAAGCUUUUAUGUAUGAAAUGUUGCCU